ACAAAUUCCAAAACACAUUUCUAGCGUUAACUGAACUUCCAAAACAGAGCUACCUAGAUCACUUAAAUUACACAAUUCAAAGCAUAUGUGUAUGGUUUGUGUAUUUAUACACAAGCACUCAUAUAUAUUCAAAUAAUUUAAAAAAAAAUGUUCAUUUACCUGUUACUACCACACACCAAAUCCGGUCGUUGGUACUUGCUGGCUUGUGUAGCCACUAGGUAACAAAAGCUCAACAUUGCGCCUAGCAUCCUGGAGCACUUCUGUUGUGUUUUGUACGUGUUUUGGAGUUUUUACGUGCUUCUGAGUUUUUAUGUGUUUUGGAGUUUGUAAGUGCUUCGGAGUUUGUACGUGCUAUGGAGUUUUUACGUGUUUUGGAAUUUUUACGUGCUUUGGGGUUUGUACGUGCUUUGUCUCUAGGGGCCACCGUAAAUAUACUUUUAUUUAUUCACUCCACAUAAAAUGUAAUAAAUAAAUCAUAUAAUACAAAAACCAACUAUUCACAGUUCAACUUUUAACUAUUUAAAAUUUCAGCUUUUUCCUUUUAAACAUAUUUAAAGUGAAACAACACAAAACACUGCAAACCACAACACAAUUAAAUAUAAAUUAAAAUAUGAAAACAAAAAGAACAUGCAUAUUCUCUGUCAUAUGGGCCUGCAUGAAUAAACUUUCUGAAUCCUUUAUCAUCCGCAACUGAAAAUAGUUGUGGAUGAUUACUCUACCUUUCUAAUGUGACGUUGUUGUCCCUGGCUCUCUUUCUCUGUCUCUCCCUCCCGCUCUGUUCCUGUGCUCCUGCGAGUGUAACUACCGACCCUCCCCCCUCUUCCCAGCGCAAAGCACAAGGCUCGCAUGCGGAGUGAAGCAGAAAAAAAGUGCGAGAGAGAGGGUGGGAGAAAGGGGGAAAAAAAGCCGCGAUAAGGAGCCGGCUUGGGUCGUUCACGUCAAAGAUCCGGCUCUAAGAGCCAUUUCGUUCGUGACCGACACAUCACUACAGUUAACUGGACAGAGCAAAAAAAAAACAACCCAGCAGAUUAGUCCUUAAAGAAACCAUCAUUAGCUGUAGAAAACAUUUAUGCAUACACUCAUCGGCCACUUUAUGAGGUAUCACGUUGGACCACCUUUUACCUUCAAAACUACCUUAAUUCUUCCUGGCAUGAAUUUAAUAAAGUGCUGGAAACAUUCCUCAGAUGUUUUUGCUCCACAUUGACGUGAUAGCAUCAGGUGCAGAUCCCAAAGAUGCUCUACUGGAUUCAGAUCUGGCCACUGUGAACUUAUUGUCAUGUUUAGGAAACCAGUGUGAGAUGAUUUGAGCUUUGUGACAUGGCUUGACAUCCUACUGGAAGCAGCCAUCAGAUGAUAGCAACACUGUCGUUAUAAAGGGCUUAAAUGAUGGUCAGUUCAGUUUUAAAGGGCCCAAAGUGUGCCAAAAAACCAUUCCCCACACCAUUACACCACUAGCAACAGCCUGUACUGCUGAUGCAAGGCAGGACUUGUUGUGAGCUUUGUGGUAUGGCUCCUUAUCCUGCUGAAAACAGCCAUCAGAAGAUGGUUAAACUGUGGUUAUAAAGGGAUGGAUGUGGUCACCAACAGUUCUCUGGUAGGCUGUGGUGUUUACUUGAAGCUCAGUUGGUACUAAGGGGCCCAAAGUGUGCCAGUGAAAUAUCCCCCACACCAUUUCCACUCCAUCUCUAGCUAAAGCUCUGAUACAAGACAGGAUGGAUCAAGAAUUUCAUGUUGUUUACCUUCAGAUUUUUGACUGUGUACCAUCCCAAAGAACUGAUGCUCAUGAGAUAUUUUCUCUUUUUUAGACCAGUCUCUGUAAACCUUUGAGAUGCCUGUGUGAGAAAAUCCCAGCAGAUCAGCAGUUUCUGAAAAACUCAGACCAGCCCACGUGAUACCAACUAGCAUUCCACAUUCAAAAUCAUUCAAAUCACCUUCAUCUCCCAUUGUGAUGCUCUGUUUGAACUUCAGGAGGUUGAACACAUCUGAUGAAAAACCUGCUUUAAAGUCCAUGAAGAACAGCCAGGAUGAUCUACAUCAUAAUGGGAGUCUCGGGUUGUGGAAAAAGCACCUUUGGGAUCUUCCUAUCUGAAAAGCUGGGUUGGCCCCUGUACGAAGGGGAUGACUUCCACCCACGGGAGAACAUCGAGAAGAUGUCUCACGGUGAAGCGCUUACAGAUCAGGUCAGCCCAGGACAGAUUGCCGUGGCUUCUCAAACUACAUGAAGUAAUUCAGAGAGAGAGGAGUUCAGGCUCUGAUGCUCUCCUGGUGUGCUCUGCACUGAAGCACCAGUACAGACGGAUCCUCCUCCAUGGCUCCAAAGCCCUCACUUCCCCUUCGGAGACAGACCAAGAAAUCUUCCCUGCAGCUUCUCCUGAUGUCUUUUUUCUUUUCCUUCGUGGUGACUAUGAAUUCAUUUACCAGAGGAUGGUGGCCCGGAGGGGUCACUAUAUGAAAGCCGACAUGCUGCGUUCCCAGUUUGAUACUUUAGAGACUCCGUCUGAUGAGGAGAAUGUGUUGACACUGGACAUCCAGAGGGGCAUCGAUGAUAUGGCUGUGGAGGUUGAAAGGCACUUAAUCAACCACACCACCACAACAGACCACAUGGGAGCCAUUGCCGUGUUUUAACCAUGCUUUAUGGUAGUUGAAAUAAUAAAGUGAAAUAACUCAGCAGCUGCCAUCAGAUUUCAUGGUGCUCAUAACUAUAUAUAUAUAUGCAUAUAUAUAUAUAUCACCCCCAAGAGGUGGACAUCUGUGAUCCUUAGCAGCUCUAACAUUGAUUUUCCAGCAAAUAUUCAGGAUCCUGCAGGAUUACAUUUGAAUGACUUUGGUGAUUCCCUGUGUGGCUCUCCACAGCAACCAGGAAGUCACAGUUUCCACUUAUUUGAAAACAUCCAGCAUCUACUCGAUGGAUUGGCACACGAGCUUGACAGUGGACAUCAGAUGUUUGUUUUUUUUCCCUCUUUCCCUUGAAUAUCUUGAAAACAGUUGCACAGUAGAUGAAUCCGCAUGUUCGAUUAUUAUAUUGUCACAGAUGCACUUCCUGAUGUUCCCCUCCUAGUUACCCAGGAUUGGACAAAGACUGGAAAGUUGUGACUCCACGAGGCUUGUGUGUUGUCUCCUUCUGGGGUCCCUGUGGGCAUCUUUAGCAUGUAAGGUGAAUAAGUUAAAUACAACAUGGAGCCCAUUUUUGAGAACUAUAAACUUAAAUCUAUAUAAUUUUACAGAAAUAUAACAUCUCUGUAAAUUUUGUAAUAGAUUUAAAGGCCUCGGGAGUAAUAAAAAGUAUGAUUAAUGCCUUUAUCAGGACAAAAUUAAUAUUUUUAGAUACUUGAAAAUGAAAUAUCUACAAAGCUGUGGUAGAAAUGAUUAACAUGUCAACAUGACAGACUAAGAUGAUGAACAUCAGUGUAGUCACACUGUCAUGUGACAUUUUAGCAACUAGCUCAUAGCAGCAGUUUGCCUAAGUAGAACAACACAGAGUGUGUGGCCUUUACUGUUGUUCUAGUCCCUUUUGAAUACCUAAUCAAUGUCUCGUUUGUAGUGAGGAUGAGAAAUAAAUCACUGAUUCAGUGUUGAUGUAAAGCCACAGAGUGUGGCAGGCUUGACGAGCUCAUUAGUUAUUUAGUAAAGAGUGGAAUACACAGUAUGUGUGAUUCUCGAGAGUUCUAGCUGGCUGCAAACAUUUAAAACAUUUAAAUAUUUAGGUACCAUUCUAAUAAAUGCAUUGUGUGUAUGUGUGUAAGCUUUGAAACUGAACCAGUUUGUGCAUAUUUAAGGAUGGUAUCUUUUAAGAAUAUGCCACAAAUAAGGGAUUAGAAGUUAAAGAGAUGGUCGGUUUUAGGUCUACAUUAAUCACAUUUGCAUGGUGAAGAUAAAAAGUUUUUACAGCCUGCUGUGAUUUCUGCCUGUGGGGAUGUGUCCUGCCUUAGGUACCGCCCUUCUGUACUGCUAAGACCAGAGUGCUUAAUUAAGGCCAGAUAGAUUUGUGUGGAGUGGAAGAUGGUGCUAAUUGUUUUUUGACCAGCUUCUAGGUUUUUCUGUGUUUCUCUUCUUUUCAUAGUGACAACAUGUGACGAAUCUCCUUUAGUUUAAUCCUUUAACUAAAAAAUCAAACAAACAUGUAUUUCAUUACUAAUUUUGCCUUCUUUUUCAAUCUGGACAUUUUUUGUUACUUCUCCACAUACCCUGGACUUCUGGACUUUUUGAGUGUUUGAUCAUAAAUGAUGUGAUGCUGAUCUUUUUAAUAGUUGGAAUAAACACAU